AAAAGGAAAGCGGCGGCUAAGAUGAAAAUCUAGGCAAGCCACAAAGUGAAAGGAAAAGUGACCACAGCCACCAGCAGGGCUUUGCAGGUGGAAACUAGGCUGGGGCACAAAGACAGACUUGGUUGCACAGCACAGAGCGCGCAGCCGGCCCGGCAGGUGAAAGGGAGCACCCAAGAGCCCUCUCCAGCAGCCUUGACCCCGACGCCUCUGAGCCAGAGCUUUCGCAAGCCCGGCACACCGCUGCCAUCACAAUCCCCAAAACAGGAAACCCCACAAAACACUGCCCCGAGACCACCAGAGCCACAAGCCCAGAGCGGAAACUACAGCCAGAAAGUGCCAGCAAUCGGAAAGCGAUGAAGGGAAAGCUGCCUUGCAUACAAAGCCGCUCACCAGGCAGCACCCCGAGCACAGCCGCCACCAGCACCAGCAGCACCGGCACACCUCACCAGGCUCCUCCUGCCCUGCAGCACCCGACAGCAGCCACAGGCCCAGCAUGGCUGCGCCCACAGCCACACAGCCACGCCUGCCGCACGCCGCCCCGCCGCUCCUGCUCCUCCUCACCGCUCUCGCCGCAUCCCUGGCCUGCCAACACCUCUGGACACACGAGGACGCCUUCCCCGGCGACGCGCUCCGCCUCCUGCAGGACAUGGCUGCCAGCCACACGCAGCCCUGCCACCUCCAAGAGCGGCCCUUCUUCCCCGACGCCCUCCUCCACAACAACCUGCACCCGCACCAAGCCGCCGCCACCGCCCUACGCAUCCUCCAGCACCUCUUCCACACCCUCAGCUCCAACAGCACCCGCCAGCACUGGCCCAGCCAGCCUCGCAACCACCUCCUCAACCAACUGCAGCACCACAUCCACCACCUCGAGCAAUGCCUCCCCGACAACGGCACGCUCCUCAGAGGACCGCGCAACUCGCUGCUCGCCAUCAACAAGUACUUCAGGGACAUCCACCUCUUCCUCCACGCCCACAACCACAGCGCCUGCGCCUGGGACCACGUCCGCCUCGAAGCUCGCGCCGCUCUACAGCACCUCCACAACCUCACUCGCACCAUGCGCCGCUAGCCCAAACACCCACGCGCCCACCCACGCCUACGCCCCAAACCCACCUCCAACCCCACGCCUCCUCCCACCUGCCACCAGAGACGGCGCUGACGCUACCGCACGCCGCCCGCAGCCUUCAACCACUGCGUCUCCAUCGAUUCAGCCCCUCCCACCCAUACGGAAAAAAGGACUUUCUCCGCUCAUUUACAGACCUAUUUAUUUUUUUAUUUAUUUGUAUAUUUAUUCAACUAUUUAUUUUUCUACUUUUUUACUUAUUUAUGCCACUGAAAAUAAAGACCCAUGACAAAACACUUGCCAAUGCCUUUCCUCUGCCUAGCACUGCAACCACUCUUGGGGCCAGGGGAAAGCCAUCUCCACUCAACGCCUACUCCAAGCCCUGCUUCAUAUUCAUCUCUGAAUAUCCCUUGGUCUUUCUGUUUCGUGGCACCUGUCCAUGUAACAUCUUUCAUCAACCUCUUUUGAGUAACAUCACUUGGUGUUUGAUAUCAUCAUCUGAAUUAUGCCUUGCGUCUUUAUUUCUUCAAUAGUUUUCACGUCCCUUCCGGAUUAUUUUUUCUGAAAGCAUCAUGACUGGGAAGGCACGGACUUACUGGAGAAUUUCCUCUACAGAGCACUAACACACAGACCAUGAGAGGUCUUCUUCUAUGAAGAUAGGUGACUGGUGUUAUUUAGACUUAAGAAGAGAAAGCUCUGGGCAGGCCUUCCUGUGGCCUUUUAACAUUUCAUUAGACCUUGCAAAAAAGAAGCAAACUUAAUUUUGAUUAUUAUUUGGAGUUACAGGCAAUUGUCUUUUUGCAACGUCUCUAAACCAAAAGACAGUAGGUUUAUACCAGGAACAAAGGAGAAAUUCUUUACUAUUAGGAGUGUGAACAAGUCUUAGGGUUAGCUAGAUUGCCACAUCCCUGGAAAUGUUCAAGGCCUGAGUGGAUGGGGCUUUGUGCAAUGUGAUCCAAGAGAAGGUUUCACUUUCCGUGGCAGAGCUGCUUGCAAUAAGAUUACCUCUUUCAACAUAAAACAUUUUAGGACUUGUGUUGAACUUUUGGAGGACUGUGGAAUCAAAAUGGGAACAGAGAAGAGUGUGAGGAGGAAAGAGCAGAAGUGUGAUGGCACAGAAAUAGUCCCAUUCCCCAUCCUCCUAUGCCACCUGGGAGAUGAAGGUAGAGAAAAUUAAGACUGAAACUGACUCCAGGAAAAUAUGAGAGGUGAAGGGAAGAUGUUCUAUAUAUUUGGUUUUAUUUCAUCAUCUACUUGCUAACUGCCCUGAUUUGAUUGCUAAUGAGUUAAACUAAUUUCUCCAGGUCAAGCCUCUUUUGCCUAUGACUGCAACCAGCAAAUAAUUUCUCCCUGUAAUUAUCUCACUCCACAUGCCUUUCAGGACGUAUUCUCACCCUUGACUAGAUGAGGUGGGGAGUGAUAGAGCACCUUGGUGGUCAUCAGGCAUCUAGCCACUGUUCACACAUUACAAUAUGUGUCUCCCGGCCCUGCAACUUUAAGUACUUUGCAUCUUGUUGCCACAAAGACAAUUCUAUGCAUUUCAGUUGACAGUUCUUCAAGUACCACAACGUUCUCUGGGAAAAGUCUUUAUUCAUGUGCUCAUCUUUGAAUGUGCUCAUUUUUAAAUUCAAGAUCUGCAGUCUGACAGGGAUUUUUCUGAGUCAUCCCUCUACUCACCUUUAAACUAUCUGACUCUGGCUGCUCUAAGCUCUACAUGGAAUACCUGGUACUUAUUUGGGCCUUACAUUAUAGCAUUCCUCCAGUAUUCUCAGACCACCGUUCACUGCUCCAUUUCUGCCUCUACAGAUACACCGCAUCACUCUAGUAUGUAACUGUUCUUAGCUACCUACCAGCAAACCUUUUCUCCAAUUUCCUUACCCUACAUUUCUGAUAGGAAAAUUGUUUAUAAUUUGCAGUCUAGAUUGAGGCCCUUUUUUAAUCUAUUUGGGAGCUCAGCCUGUUGCAUAUGCCAUUUGCAUUCUCGAUCCAGAUAAGGAAAAAACUUUGUACACUCUACCUCCUGCAGCUCACCUGCAUUUGUUGCCAUGAUGCAUAUGCAAAGAUCUAUACCUAUGACCACAUCCAACAUCUCAGAUACACCUACUGGCUACCAACUUGUGUACUUGCUGUUCAACCCUACCUCUUGGUAAAAGAAAACAUUAGGACUUCAAUUAGAUUAGACAAAAUGUCAUACUGUUUCUACAAAAAUUAGACAUAUUAGACAUUUCUCCACUCAGGAGCACAGAGCACACUUGUGUCUAUUCAGAGAUUUUGCAGCUGGACAAAUGCAACAGUUGCUCUGUAUCAAUUUACACAAUCCUUGCAUGAAUUUCAAAAGAGAGAAUAUAGAACAUAAGGAAAAGCUCUUAACCAUCAUUGAAUGAAUCAGUUUAUGUGGCACAAAUGAUCAACGGUGAAGACAACUUGUUUAACAUCA